AUGUAGGCAAUCUGUUUCUGGCAAGGGGGAGAGAUCGUUUUCCCAAACGGCACCGAGAGGAGCCAUCAGAGAAGUAUGAAGAGGGGCAGUGCGGCGGGAGCUGCUGCCUGUGCCGCCGGGCUGCUGGGGUGCGGACCGCUGCUGCCGCAGGACCUGCUCCGGGAGGGGGCCGGGCCCCAGACGCUGCGGGAGCCGAGCCGGGAGCCCGGGCGCCUCUGAGAGCCGCCAGCCGCCAGCCGCCAGCUCCGGACGGACGCGGGGGUAUUACAAGUGGAUAAAUAAUGUGCACUGCUCUGAGCCCAAAGGUACGCAGUGGACCUGGCCUCUCUGAUAUGCAUCAGUAUAGCCAGUGGCUGGCCAGCAGACAUGAAGCUAAUUUGCUACCGAUGAAAGAAGAUUUGGCCUUGUGGUUAACCAAUCUAUUAGGGAAGGAGAUUACGGCAGAAACGUUUAUGGAGAAAUUGGACAAUGGUGCCUUGCUCUGUCAACUUGCAGAAACUGUUCAGGAGAAAUUCAAAGAGAGCAUGGAUUCUAACAAGCCCACGAAGAAUCUGCCCAUGAAGAAGAUUCCAUGCAAAGCCAGUGCACCCUCAGGCUCCUUUUUCGCCAGAGACAAUACAGCCAAUUUCUUAUCCUGGUGCCGAGAUUUAGGGGUAGAUGAAACAUGUCUAUUUGAAUCGGAAGGUUUGGUUCUCCACAAGCAACCCAGAGAAGUGUGUCUCUGUUUGCUAGAGCUGGGCCGGAUUGCAGCCAGGUAUGGUGUGGAGCCUCCUGGUUUGAUAAAAUUGGAAAAAGAGAUUGAACAAGAAGAAACACUUUCUGCCCCUUCUCCUUCACCUUCUCCUUCAUCAAAGUCUUCUGGAAAAAAGAGUACAGGAAACUUACUGGAUGAUGCAGUAAAACGCUCGGAAUGUAACACCCUUGCUCUCCUUUCAUUUCAGAUGCUGCACAACAAACACGUCAUGGUCCGCGUGGGAGGAGGAUGGGAAACGUUCGCGGGGUAUUUGUUGAAACACGACCCCUGCCGGAUGCUGCAGAUCUCCCGUGUGGAUGGCAAAACGUCCCCCAUCCAGAGCAAAUCUCCAACCCUUAAGGACAUGAAUCCAGAUAAUUACCUGGUGGUCUCUGCCAACUAUAAGGCUAAGAAGGAGAUUAAGUGAAACUAGUGGGUCAGGACCAGGGGACUCUCAGAAUGGCCUGUAUCCACUUCUCCAGGGUAGUCAGCUUAGUUCACAUGCUCUGAAAAUUACUUUGGAAAAAGGUGUCACCCACAGGAAAGUGUCAUCAUAUUGGAAAAGGUUCACAGAGUAGCACUAUUUAUUUUAAUGCUUCUGUAGAAAAUGACCUAUGAAAAGGCAUUCUAAACUCAGAUUUAGAUUAGACAAACUGGAGGCAAGUUAUUACUUCUCAACAGGCGAAUACAGUAUUUAGAAAUACAAAUCUAGCUAGAGGUAAAAAAAACACCAACCUGUUAUUAGAAGAAAAAAAAAAUUUUUUUUUAGGAUUUCUAGAUAAAACAAAGUGCCUGCUUUAUGUCUACAGAGUAAAAGCACCCCAGACAUUUUUUUUAACUGCCAGAUUUUUAACAAGUGACAAUUAGUGUGAUAAUGUGCUACUAAAAACAUCCAACAGCACUAUCAGUAAGUACAGAGUAUUCACAACAGUAAAACUUUACUGGAAAGGCCACUUUAGAAAAGUUUGCAUUCACUUGGAAGAUUGCCUUAAAGUUUAUCCCUUACCUUGACCAAGUAUCUGGGGUACUUUUGGAAGUUUUCAGUACACCCACUAGAGAACCGCUUAUGAAUUGCCCCACACAUUCCUAAGAAACAUGGCUGUGUUGAGGCUGACAGUGUCAUUCACACACAUAAGCUGACAUACAUUUAUAUUUUGACAGAGUAAAUUGUACAGUCCAAUGUUCAUUGACUUCAUGUUAUUUGAAAGCAUUCUUAUUAAAAUAUAUCUUUAGUUAAUCCUACUUUGCUAUGCUGUCUAGUAAAGUCUAUUCACUGUAGCUAAUCAUGUUACAGACUUAUGUAUACCCUUGUACACCCCGGACAGAGCUGUUUUGUACCCAUAAACAGCAAAAUAUUGUCCUUGCUGAUUCAAGAAUUAAAGAGAUAAAUUGAAAAAAAAA